AUGCCCGCGAAUAGGGCAGGCGGCGGCCCGUCUAAUCCGGCGACAGGAGGAGCACACGAGGCCGACGACGGUCGCGAGACCACCACAGCAGGUCGCCGUCCCGAGGCGACGUGCGUGCAGAUUGGGGUUGGCGUGAGACGCAGAUUGACGGAGCUGCCGGCCUCUGCCCAGAACGGGAGGCCCGGAUCCGAGCCGGCGGCCGCGCCUGAGGUGGAGGUGCAACUCGUCCGCCGCGGCCGGGGGCCGGUGGCCGUGUUCCGGUCGCCCCUGUGCGGGUACACGCAGGACCAGCUGGAGGUGGGGGAUAUCCUGGAGAGGCACGGCCUCAAGUCCGUCUUCGCCUUCGACGCCGCCUCCCGCGCGCGCGGUGUCGCCAUCCAUUCAACCCCCCGCAACGGCCGCUCCCUCCUCCCCUACGUCGCCGACUCCACCAUCUUCCUUGACGGCGAGCCCAAGGUAAGUCUCCACACCUAUUUUGUGUGGGGUGUUUUGAGGGUUGGGGAUUGA